UUACCUAUCUACACAGGUGGUCUCUGUGAGGAGGACACUUAUGCAUGUGAACUGCAACCGUGUCAGAAUGGUGGCGUCUGCGACAGCCAACAUGGCGGCUACAGGUGCCUCUGCUCUCAACAGAGCCAAGAUGGCUUACUGUACGGAGGCGAGAAUUGCACAGUCGCCCUCCUGGGCUGUGACGGCAACCGCUGCAAGAAUGGUGGCAUCUGCUCUCCCCUCUUCCUGAACUACCGCCACACCUACACCUGCACCUGCCGCGCAGGCUUCACCGGCUCCAAGUGUCAGACGUCCACCAUCUUCUCCUUCGAGUCCAGCGGCUACAUGUAUGUGGAGACCCAGCUAUCGGACCCUGAAGUCCCUCUCAACGUCACCCUUAGCUUCAAGACGGACCGGCCUGUCGGCACCCUCCUCCAGCGUCGGGUCGACGACCUGCUGCUCACCAUCGAGCUGGUAGACAGCCGCUUACGCCUCAGCAUGCUAAGAGCUCAAGGGACAAGAAACCCAGUAUUUCUGGAGCUACCGCCAAGCGUGGCGGACAGCCAGUGGCACACGGUGGAGGCCUGGCUGGGCUGUGAGGAGGAGGGGAGCAGUGUGAGGCUGCUUCACUCCCCCUGCGCUGAGGUGGGCUGCACCAGGGAGUUCCCCGCCACCGAGACACCCCUGCUGGAGCAAGGCUCCGGCCUACGAGAGCCCAGCUCGGUUCGCCACAGCCUCUUUCUAGGAGGGGUGGGACUGGGCUGGGGCUCCAGUGGGGUGGCAGGAGAAAGGGAGGCUGAGGCUGCAGACGCGCCUGCCCCACCUGGUCCAGCUGCUUACUUCCUGGGCUGUUUCCGGGACGUGUUUGUGGAGUCACGGCUGGUAGUGCCCGCCGUCGCCAACUCACCGGCUCAGGUCAACGUCACAGCCGGGUGCAACGACAGGGACAAGUGUGAAGACAGCCCGUGUCAGAACCGGGGGCAUUGCAUAAACCAGGGAUGGAGGAGCUAUGUGUGCGAGUGCUACAGACCGUACGAGGGGACUACGGACUGCGCUGAGGACUCUCUCUCUGUUAGUUCUUCAUCUAUCCAUUUAGUAAUUGGGAGGAUAGUGUAUGGAAUUUUAUUAAUUGUUAAAAACUCUCUCUAUUUCUGUACCAACACAGAGUACAACGCGGCCAGGUUCGGCAAUGAGGACGUGGCGAGCUAUGCCGUCUUCUCCUUGGAUGACCCCCCGGGUUCUGGCACCAUCGCCAUAUCCAUGUUUGUGCGCACGCGACGCUCGAACGGCCUCCUCCUGGUCCUGGCCAACAGCACCAGCCAGUACCUCCACCUGUGGCUGGACGAUGGCCGGGUAAAAUUUCAGGUGAACAACUUAGAGAGCCUGUCGGGUCGAGUCGUGGUCAGCGACGGCCACUUUCACUUGGUGACGGUGCGGCUGGAGGGCGACUUUGUGACCCUGUUCCAGUCGGCCCAUAGCCAGGGAACCAUCCCCAUCCGGCCCGUGGUGGCUCAGCCAGGGGACCUGGUCUACGUCGGGGGCCUGGCUGACCAAAGAGCCUCUGCCUCCUUUGGGGGUUACCUGAAAGGCUGUGUCCAGGACCUGAGGAUUAACAGUAAACGGCUGCAGUUCUUCCCCAUAGCAACCCCAGUGGCAUCGUACGGCCUGGUGGAGCUGGUCAAUGUCACAAAGGGAUGUACCAGUGACAACGCCUGUAGUAAAAACCCGUGUCUGAACAGCGGAGUGUGCUACUCCAUGUGGGACGACUUCAUCUGCAAUUGUCCUCCCAACACUGGAGGGCGUUGCUGUGAGGAGGUCAAGUGGUGUGAGCUGUCUCCCUGCCCCUCGACUGCAGCCUGCCAGUCCCUCUCCCAGGGCUUUGAGUGUGUGUCCAACGUGACCCUCUGGAAUGACGGCAUACUGUCCUACAGAGGCAAUGAGAAGAUCAGCCGCCACCUCAGCAGCAUCCUCCUCAGUGUGCGAACCAGGCAAACGGACACCACGCUACUACACGCCGAGAAAGGCUCUGAGUUCCUCACAAUCUCCCUCCAAGACUCUCGACUGGUGCUGGAGCUACACGCCGGCAGUGGUGAGGCCUCCCCCAAGCUGACUGUCCAGAGCCGAGGCCUUCUCAGCGACGGCCAGUGGCACACAGUGGAGAUCUCCAUGGAAGCUCUGGAUCUACAGACCUCCAGGUGGAUCAUGGUCCUGGACGGGGGAAGAGAGGGAGGAGAGAAGGAGGUGUCUGAAGCCGCCUCUGGGAGCUUGGACUUCCUCAGGGAGGGAGUGGACAUCCUCUUGGGAGGUUUGGGGCCCGAGGCUGGGGGGAACCUGGCUGGAUGUCUGGGCCCCGUUCAGAUCGGUGGGCUCCCGCUGCCUUACUAUGGCGACACCGACCUGAACCUUCCCAGGCCCCAAGAGGAGCAGUUUGUGAGGACCCCCGGUGUUGCCACCCCACAAUAUGGCUGCUGGGGAGCCAGUGUGUGCUCGCCCAACCCCUGUCUGAACCAGGGGGUAUGUGAGGACCUCUUUGACCUCUCCCUCUGCAGGUGCCCGUCUGAGUGGAUUGGGCCACAAUGCCAGAAUGAUGCGAACACCUGCGCUGUCAAGCCCUGCAUCCAUGGAAACUGCACUGUCCUAGGGGAGGGUUACGUAUGUGCGUGUGAGCCAGGGUACGGGGGGGCCAGGUGUGAGAAAGAUGUGGAUACGUGUGAGAACAACGAGUGCGGCCCAGGGGCCACCUGUCUCAGGGGCCUCCAGAACUACGCCUGCCUUUGCCCCAGGAACAUGACCGGGCCCCUCUGCAAUGAGAAGGUUCCAGAAGUCCCGUGGUACAUUGAAAAGAUACCAUACCCCAACCUGCCCGUAUCCAUGUGUCCUGGCCACAGAUGGAACUACAGCUGCUUCAACGGGGGGAACUGCUCUAAACUGGACAACACCUGUGAUUGUCUGCCAGGUUUUAUAGGGCAAUGGUGUGAGGUAGACUUUGAUGAGUGUGCGUCUGGUCCCUGUGAAUACGGAGGCUACUGCCACAACCUCGUCAACAACUUCCGCUGUGAUUGUGAGAUCAACUUUACAGGUGACCAGUGCCAGAUCGAUGUCAAUGAUUUCUACCUGUAUCUGGCCCUGCUGCUGUGGCAGUACAUGUUCCAGCUCACAUCCUACCUCCUCUUGCACCUCGACGAUGCCCCCGAGAUUGAGUGUGAGGUAGACUUCGACGAGUGUUUGUUAAACCCCUGUGAUAACGGAGGCUACUGCCAAAACCUCCCCAAUGGCUUCCACUGUGAGUGUGGGAUCAACUUCUCGGGCGACCAGUGCACGAUUGACUGCAAUGACUUCUACUUGUACUUGGGCCUGGUGCAGUUGCAAUUCAUGCUCCAGCUCAUUUCCUACCUCAUCCUGCACAUUGAUGAUGGCCCAGAGAUAGACUGGGAACACCAGCAGAUGGACAACGACGAGGAGCCCAUUGGGGACAACAUGGAUGAGUGUGAGUUAGACUUCGAUGAGUGCUCAUCAGGCCCCUGUGAUAACAGAGGCUACUGCCACAACCUCCCCAAUGGCUUCCACUGUGACUGUGAGAGCAACUUCUCAGGCAACCAAUGCACAGUCGACUGCAGCGAGUUCUACUUGUACCUGGCCCUGGUGCUGUGGCAAUACAUGUUCCAGUUCAUUUCCUACAUAAUCCUGCACCUCGAUGAUGAUGGCCAGGAGAUCGACCAGGAACACUAG